AUGCUGCUGAAGACAGUGCUCUUGCUGGUCCUGGGGACCCAGGUACAGAUGCUGAAGAAUAGGCUUCUGAGAGUGCCCCCCCCCAUGGGCUGGCUGUCCUGGGAGCACUUCCGCUGCAAGAUAGACUACAAUAUCAACUCCAAGAACUGCAUCGGCGAGUGGCUCUUCAUGGAGAUGGCUGACCGGCUGGCCCAGGAUGGAUGGCGGGAUCUGGGCUACUCAUACCUCAACAUCGAUGACUGCUGGAUUGGAGGGCGAGAUUCCAAGGGCCGCCUCAUACCUGACAAAGAGCGUUUCCCUAAUGGCAUUGCUUUCCUGGCUGACUAUGCUCACUCCUUGGGCCUGAAGCUGGGUAUCUACGAGAACCUGAGCCUAAUAGACUGCAGUGGUUACGCAGGCACCACGCUUGACACGGUGGUUCUGGACACUCAGACCUUCGCUGAGUGGAAGGUGGACAUGCUAAAAAUGGAUGGCUGCUUCUCGACCUACAAGCAAUGGGCCAAGGGAUACCCCAUGAUGAUGGCAGCUGCACUGAAUGCCACAGGCCACCCCAUCGCCUUCUGCUGUUGGCCAGCCUAUGAUGGGGGCCUUCCCCGAGGCUAGCCCAGGGUGGACUACAAAAGAGUGGCUGACAGCUGUAACCUCUGGUGCAACUUCUUCAACAUCAAGGACUUGUGGGUCAGCGUGUUGUUUGUCCUGGACUGGUUUGUGGCCCACCAGGACAUCUUGCAGCCUGUGGCAGGUCCCGGGCACUGGAAUGACCCAGAUGUGCUGAUCAUUGGGAACAAGGGCCUGAACUUUGAGCAAGCACGCUACCAGAUGGCCUUGUGGACCAUCUUGGCAGCCCCCCUCUUUAUGUCCGUGGACCUGCGCUCCAUAAGCCCCCAGAAUGUUGACAUUCUGCAGAAUUCGCUCAUGAUCAAAAUCAACCAGGACCCCCUAGGCAUCCAGGGACGCAGGGUUAUCAAGGCAGGAAACCACAAGGAAGUGUUCCUGCGGCCCCUGGCCAACCAAGCCUCGGCCAUCAUGUUCUUCAACUGCCACAGAUACAAGUCUUAUCAGUACAGCUUCUCCCUUGUGCAGCUGAACCUCACUGAUGAGUAUGAGGCCCAGGAUGUCUAUGCCGGCGACACCAUCAGCAAUCUCAAGCACACCACCAACUUCACGGUCACCAUCAAUCCUUCCGGGGUGGUCAUGUGGUACCUGUACCCUCUCAGGAAGUGGCAACUAUUCCAGCAUUGA